AAUCCCGUGUCCCAUGACAAAGAAAUCAGAUUAAAUUUAGAUUCCUCGUGGGCUUUAAAAGAAACCUAGAAUAAAGAAACAGAACGAAGCUCGGCGUGAUGGGCACCUGUAACUAAGAUUAGAUUACUGUACACACUGUGACACGUAGUAACCCUGGAGGCGGUAACAGUAGGUAACGAGAUCCGGUAGCCGUCAUCAGGUAUGGUACGGAACGCGGCGCCCAAAAAGCAAGAAUUCCUUACUACUACAGUACCUACUCAUGUCGGACUCUGCAGGGAAGGGAGGCCUCUCUGAUCGCCCCAAAGGACGAUCCAUCCACACUUUCGUCCUUGGCCCACGUUGUCUGGUGCAUGAAACCGUCCGCGUGCACAGUGGGUCAAGAAUGACAGGCCGAAUUCUUCACACCCCUGGAGGCCCUCUGCUGUGCUCAUCUUAGGGACUCCGUUAUCGCUUCUUACUCACCUCAAACUUUCAUUUCUCUUCCCUUUUCUCCCCUUCUUUUCUGGAACUGAACUCCAUUUGGUACAAGAUACACACGGACAGACGGAUUAACAGCUAAAAACAGGAAGUUGUUGCUGAUCCCGGAUCCAGUUUACUGACUAAAACGACUUGCUUCUCCCCGACCAGGAAAGGAAAAUAAAAAAGGGAAAAGAGAGAGAGAAGAAAAUUCCCCGCCCAACUUUUUUUUUGCCAUUUCUUUUUUUCUUUUUGAAUAAAUAUUUUCUUUUUAUUUUGAUUUUAUUUUUCUAGUUUUAUUUUAUUUUGCCUUAUCCAUAACACCCACCCCUCCACACCUGAUUUUAUUUUACUUUUUAUUUUUAUUUUCAAAAUUUUUUUUUUAUUUGUA